GAGGCUCGCACCCUGCAAUUGUCUCCUCUGUUUGUGAAGUUAAAAAACCAAACCAAACUCCUCCAAAGACCCACGUGGAGAAGAGACUCCAGCGUUCUGUUCUGGCGGGAUGCUCCUUCCUGCCGCAUCACUUGUGUCAGCUCCCAGCAUCCGUUCACAUCCCAGCCCUGGGCUUGCAGCACUAAUCCCUAAAUUCGGGUCUCGGACCCGCGCUGGCCAGGUCGCAGGUUCGGGUCCCCAGGCCGCACUCCGAGCUCACUGGGCUGCUGCCGCUGGGGCCCAGGCUGCCCAGUGCCUGCCGCUGGGUUCGGGCCGCCGCGCCCUCGCCGCCGCUGCCCGGCUUCACUUUCACUUUCGGUCCCAGGGCGGCGAGGCAAGCGGCAGCGGCGGCGAAGGUGUUUGAGCAGGAAGAUGGCGCCUCUGCCCCUCAAAUGGCCACUUGCAAACAUGCCGUUUUUCUUUUCCUCACUCUUGACUCUCUUAGUUGUGUCACCUCCUUCUUGGUGUCAGAAUGGUGCUGCUCCAUCUCCAAAAGCUAGUAAUGGAGCCCCGUUCCCUUGGAAUAAAAUGCGACUUCCUAAGAAUGUAACCCCAAUUCAUUAUAAUCUCAUGAUCCAUGCAAAUCUCAGCACACUGACUUUCCAGGGAACCACAGAAAUAGAAAUCAUAGCCAGCCAGCCCACUAGCACCAUCAUCCUGCAUAGUCACCAGCUGCACAUAUCUAAGGCCACCCUCCAGAGAAGACCUGGGGAGAUUCUGUCUGAAGAACCACUGAGGGUCCUGGAAUAUCCCCCUCAUGAGCAAAUUGCACUUCUGGCCCCUGAACCACUCUUUGCUGGGCGCUUGUAUACCGUUGUCAUCGACUAUGCUGGUAACCUGUCUGAGAACUUCCAUGGAUUUUAUAAAAGCACCUACAAAACCAAGGAAGGGGAAGUGAGGAUACUUGCAUCAACACAGUUUGAACCCACAGCAGCUAGAAUGGCCUUUCCCUGCUUUGAUGAACCUGCCCUAAAGGCAAGUUUCUCCAUCAAUAUCAGAAGGGAGUCAAAGCACCUGGCCAUCUCCAACAUGCCCUUGGUGAGAUCUGUGACUGUUGCCAAAGGACUCAUGGAAGACCAGUUUGAUGUCACUGUGAAGAUGAGCACCUACUUGGUCGCUUUCAUUGUUUCUGACUUUAAGUCUGUCAGCAAGAUGACUAAGAGCGGAAUCAAGGUCUCUGUGUAUGCUGUGCCAGACAAGAUAAAUCAAGCAGAUUAUGCUCUGGAUGCCGCAGUGACUCUUCUAGAAUUUUACGAGGAUUACUUCAGCAUUCCCUAUCCUUUACCUAAACAAGAUCUUGCUGCAAUUCCUGACUUUCAGUCUGGUGCUAUGGAGAACUGGGGCCUGACCACAUACAGGGAAUCUGCUCUGCUAUUUGAUGCAGAAAAGUCUUCUGCAUCUAGUAAGCUUGGCAUCACAAUGACUGUGUCCCACGAACUUGCCCACCAGUGGUUCGGGAACCUGGUCACCAUGGAAUGGUGGAAUGAUCUUUGGCUCAAUGAAGGAUUUGCCAAGUUUAUGGAGUUUGUCUCUGUCAGUGUGACCCAUCCUGAACUAAAAGUUGAGGAAUAUUUCUUUGGCAAAUGUUUUGAUGCAAUGGAGGUGGAUGCACUGAAUUCUUCACACCCUGUGUCCACACCUGUGGAGAAUCCUGCUCAGAUUCGGGAGAUGUUUGAUGAUGUCUCUUAUGAUAAGGGGGCUUGCAUUCUGAAUAUGCUGAGAGAUUAUCUGAGUGCAGAUGCGUUUAAAAGUGGAAUUGUGAAGUAUCUCAAUAAGUAUAGCUAUAGAAACACGAAGAAUGAUGACCUGUGGGACAGCAUGGCAAGUAUUUGCCCCACAGAUGGCGCGCAAACAGUGGAUGGCUUUUGCUCUAGAAGCCAACGCUCAUCUUCAGCCUCACACUGGCAUCAGGAAGGCGUGGAUGUGAAAACCAUGAUGAACACGUGGACGCUACAGAAGGGCUUUCCCCUGAUAACCAUCUCCAUGAGAGGACGGAAUGUGCACAUGAAGCAAGAACAUUAUAUGAAGGGGUCUGACAGUGCCCUGGAGACUGGGUACCUGUGGCAUGUUCCACUGACAUUUAUUACCAGCAAAUCAAACUCAGUCCAGAGAUUUUUGCUGAAGACAAAGACAGAUGUGCUCAUCCUCCCAGAAGCAGCGGAGUGGAUCAAAUUUAACGUGGGAAUGAAUGGCUAUUAUAUCGUGCAUUACGAGGGAGAUGGAUGGGAUUCUUUGACUGACCUUUUAAAAAGAGCACACACAGCAGUCAGCAGUAAUGAUCGGGCGAGUCUCAUCAACAAUGCGUUUCAGCUUGUCAGCAUUGGAAGGCUCUCGAUUGAAAAAGCCUUGGAUUUAAUCCUGUACUUGAAAAAUGAAACUGAAAUUAUGCCUGUGUUCCAAGGAUUGAAUGAACUGGUACCCAUGUAUAAGUUAAUGGAGAAAAGAGAUAUGAAUGAGGUGGAAACUCAGUUCAAGACCUUCCUCCUCAGGCUGCUGAGGGGCCUUAUUGAUAAGCAGACAUGGACAGAUGAGGGCUCCAUCUCAGAGAGAAUGCUUAGGAGCCAGCUCCUCCUUCUUGCCUGUGUGCGCAAGUAUCAGCCCUGUGUGCAGACGGCAGAAGGCUAUUUCAGAAAGUGGAAGGAGUCCAAUGGAAAUCUGAGCCUCCCUCGCGAUGUGACCUUGGCAGUGUUUGCUGUAGGGGCCCAGAGCACUGAAGGUUGGGAUUUUCUUUAUAAUAAAUAUCAGUCUUCUUUGUUCAGUACGGAGAAAGGCCAAAUUGAAUUUGCCCUCUCUACGAGCCAAGAUCAGGAGAAGCUUCAGUGGCUACUAGACCAAAGUUUUAGGGGGGAGAUAAUAAAAACUCAGGAGUUUCCACAUAUUCUUACAUUCAUUGGCAGAAACCCAGUGGGCUAUCCAUUGGCCUGGAAGUUUCUGAGAGAAAAUUGGAAUAAAAUUGUACAAAAGUUUGACCUUGGCUCAGCUUCCUUAGCUCACAUGGUAAUGGGAACAACAAAUCAGUUUUCUACCAAAGCACGGCUUGAAGAGGUAAAAGGAUUUUUCAGCUCUUUGAAAGAAAAUGGUUCUCAACUCCGUUGUGUUCAACAAACCAUCGAGACCAUUGAGGAAAAUAUACGCUGGAUGGAUAAGAAUUUUGAUAAAAUUAGAAUAUGGCUUCAAAACGAAAAGCUGCAACUGCUGUGACAAACUUUCUUGCCAAGUCCUGUGAUUUAUAAUCACCAAAAUGCUGUUCAAUUUGAAUAUUUCCAAACUAAAAAUGGUUGUUUUGACUCCCACUAAAGAAACUUUCAGUUCAUUACAUUUGACCUUAUCUGUGCAAAGUUUGUUUCUUCAAUGUCUGCUGCUACCAUGGGUUUUGUUGACGGGUGAUACCCUGCAGUGUAAACCAAGUGCCCAGUUCCCUGUCACAGAGAACCAAAGGGUCUUCUCAUUUUACAUUUUGUGCUUCAGCCCUGCACCAUGCAAAGCUCUGGGUGUGACAUGUCAUUUAUCACUAGUGUGUUGCAAGAUGGAAGAGUAAAGCACACUGCACAAUCAACAUUUGGAUCCAGCAUGGCUGUGCUGGAGCCAUCCCGCUGAGCCCUCCAGGUCCACUCUCCACUCUUUCUUCCUGGAUUCAUGUCUGGGUGCUGCUUUGCAGGGUUCAGGUCACAGGUGUUCUUGUCCUCUGGUUUGACCGAUGAAGAGCCAUACGAGUUUGGAACUGGGGUUAGGGAGGGAGUGGGUAGGGGUAUUUAUUCCCCUGAAGCUUGCUUCUGGUUGGUUUCCACCAGUGAUCUUAGUUCCCUAGAGGUGGCCCUCUUUCCCAUAGUCUUUUCCAUCUCUUGGUUCUUAUAACUACUUCCUCUUCUCAUUCACUCAGGACUAGGGACCCUAGUGGGAACCUGUUGGUACCAAUUAUGGCAGGACUUGUGGUUUCCACACCCCCCGCUUGCACCUUUGUAAAAAAUUCAUCUAGAGCACUCCUUAUAUACAUCUAAUCUGCCUGUCACCUAUUUCCUUUGGACCCUCACUGAUAGUGUCCCUUCUGAAAAAACAGUACAUUCAGGUCUGUGUCAGGAUUACUCUUCAUUUGAAGAUGUUCUGGACAAUCAGUCACUGGUCCUUAGGUAGGGGGUGAUGUUUUCUUUCUCUCCUCUUCAUUUGGCCUGGUUUUUAAUUCCUGAAUAACUCAUAUUGGGUCUUACUGCCAAUAAAUCAUUGAAGAGUCACCAAUAAAUGAUAAUACAUUGUGAAAUUGAUGUUUAUGUUAGUGUAAAUGAAGACUGUAUCCUUUGUUUUGAAGUAUUAUGUAAGAAUUUCUAAUAUGUAGCAUUAAUUUCAGGAUAAAUGAAUAUGAAUGAUACGAGAGAUGCCAAAAUAUAUUGCUGUAAUAUAGAAUGGAAGAGAGAGAUUUGGGGAAUUCAUGCUAUGUUAUCUUUUCAUUGUUAUAACAAAAGACCUAAGAGGACCAGCUAAAGGACAAAAUAUUUUAUUUGAGCUAAGUGGCUUCACUCCAUGGUCGACUGGCUCAGCUGUUAAGGGCCUGGAGUGAGCCAGAACAUUAUGGCUACCAUAGCAAGUGGCAAGGAGACUGCUUACCCAAUGGUGGUCUGAAAACAGAUCAAGAGCAAGAGUAGGGGUGCAGGGACACAAUGUAUCUGUCAAAGCCACAUUCCUAGGGACCCAUUUUCUCAACUAGGACCACCUCCUAAAAGCCCAUUCAACUAUGAAGACAAUAAUGAAUUAGAGAACACAAAUGGACUAAUUAACUGCAGAGAUGACAGCUCUCAUGAUCCAGUUCCCUCUUACUAGUGUCACCAACUGGGGACCAAGCUGUCAACAUAUGAGCCUGCUGGAGGGACACUACAUACCCAAACCACAAGUGUGUUCACAAUUCUACUUUUAUAUUGAUUAUAUGUGAUGACUUGAGAAUUCAAAAUAAAAACAAAUCACUGGUAAUUUCUUCCCCAGACUACUUGUUAAAAAGAACACACAGCCAAGAUCUUUAUGUAAAAUGUUUUCCUUUAAUUGCAUUUUAUAUCUUGAUUACUGAAAUACAGAAAUACUGAUUUUGUUUGGGUUACCUAUGUUCAUUUCUUUUGGAAAAGCCCACUUCCUAGAGAGUCAAAACAUUACAAUGUGCAGCAAUGUUUUGGUAAUAAAAAGUCUGCUCUUUCCUUCUAA